AUGGCUUCUGUGGGGGUGUCUGUUGGCCGGCAGGACAAGGAUGCGCUGCAGCCACCCUCAGAGCCGCCGCUGCCCGAGACGAAGCCGCUGCCGCCUCCGCAGCCGCUGCCGCCGGUCUCCGCGCCGCCGAGGCCUCCAUCCCCGGCCGGCGUGAAGGCUGAGGAGAACUGCUCCUUCCUCCCUCUGGUUCACAACAUCAUCAAAUGCAUGGACAAGGACAGCCCUGAUGUCCACCAGGACCUGAACGCCCUCAAGACCAAGUUCCAGGAGAUGCGCAAGGUGGUCAGCGCCAUGCCUGGCAUCCACCUGAGCCUCGAACGGCAGCAGCAGCAGCUGCACCGCCUCCGCGAGCAGGUCCGGACCACGAACGAGCUCCUGUAG